UUGAUAAGAGUUAAGUGUUAUUACGUCAGUUUAACUUUGCAAAACGUUUUCACUGAAUUCUUGGUAAUUAUAUCAUGAAAUGGUUAUGGAAGUUCAAGUUUAUUUUGUGGAUUUUUACAUUAUUUGACUUUGAGAAUGCUGAACAGCUCAAUGAGUAUAUUCAACAUUAUGAAACAUUAAGCUAUGAUAGUCCGAAGACUUGCAGGCAUACUUCGCGUACCAGGCGGUCACCUGCUGUAGGUGAAGAGGUACAUAUUCAGUUUUAUGCUCAUAAAAGAAAGUUUCAUCUUAGACUAAAGAGAGACACUUCAGUGUUCUCCCCAGAUCUAGUCAUUGACACUCCAGCUGGAAAGUUAGUUAAUGUUGAUAUAUCUCAUCUUUAUAAAGGAGAUUUGUUUGGUGAACAAGGUUCUAUGGUGUAUGGUUCUAUUAGUGAUGGUUUAUUUGAUGGGAAAAUCCACACAUUGGAUAAAACGUACUUUGUUGAACGAGCUCACAAGUACUUUAAAAAUGCCAGUAAACCAUUCCAUUCCAUUAUUUAUAUGAGCACAGAUGUGCAAGAUCCACAUUCUGCAGAAAGAACAGGUCAUUCUGGAGGGUGUGGUGUUACAGAAGAAGUCCAACAAUGGAUGGAAAAUAUUGUCAACUCUGAAGUCCAAUUAGAAAAACCUCUCCAAAAUGAGCCACAUUUUGGAGAUGGGGAUUCCUACUUUAAAAGAAGUCGAAGACAGCUGGUAGAUAAAUAUAGCAAGUUAAACAAUAAUGUAAUUUGGCCAGAACCUUUGCAGUCCAAUAACCAGAGGAGAGAAUGUACACUCUUUAUUCAGACAGACACAUUUUUGUGGAACUACAUCAAGAGUCAUUUCAACAAGCACUUCGACACCAAAAUCAGAGAGGAAAUUGUUUCACUUGUUGCUCAGCAUAUUCAUGCUAUCAACCGAAUAUAUGAAAACACAGACUUUAAACUAUAUAAGGGCAUAAAAUUUGUUGUGCGAAGAUUAAAGAUAAAUGACACAAGUGCUUGUAAUGAAACUAACAGGCACAGUAACCCAUUUUGUGCUCCCAACAUAGAUGUUUCAAACUUUUUGAAUCUUAACUCUCAAGUGAAUCAUACAGGAUUUUGUCUGGCAUAUAUUUUCACUUACAGAGACUUUACAGGAGGAACUCUUGGCUUAGCCUGGGUUGCAUCUGCAAAAGGAAUGUCUGGAGGGAUAUGUGAAAAACAUAAAUCAUACAGAGAAAAGGUUGGAGGGCGAGAGGUGGAAACAAAAAGGAGUUUGAACACAGGAGUAAUUACUUUCCUCAACUAUAAUAGUAGAGUUCCACCCAAAGUAUCUGAGCUAACACUAGCUCAUGAAAUUGGUCACAAUUUUGGAUCACCACAUGAUUAUCCAAAUUAUUGUAAACCUGGUGGAGCAAAUGGAAACUAUAUAAUGUAUGCCAGUGCAACCUCUGGGGAUCGACCAAAUAACAACAAAUUUUCAAGCUGUAGCAUUGGUAACAUAAGCUCAGUUCUCCAGGCUGUUUUCGAAGAAGAUGGAAAGCAUAAUUGUUUUUCAGAAGUUAAUGGGUCUUUCUGUGGAAACAAGAUAGUUGAGGAAGGAGAGGAAUGUGACUGUGGUUGGGAUAUAAAUGAAUGUGAAGAACAAUGUUGUUAUCCAAAGAAAAUUGAGCCAUUCCUUGAUUAUGAACCAGGUGCCAAACCUUGUACUCUAAGACCAGGUAAAAAGUGUAGCCCAAGUAAAGGCCCUUGUUGCAAGGAAUCCUGUGAGUUUGAGGAGGAGAAUAUAAAAUGUCGAGAUGAAUCUGAGUGCAGCAAAGAAGCCCUUUGUGAUGGUUUACUAGCUGACUGUCCAGACUCGUUACCAAAAGAUAACAAAACUAUAUGUAAUGGAGAAACCCAGGUUUGUUGGAAUGGUCAGUGUGUUGGUUCAAUAUGUGAAAAAUACAACCUAGAAGAAUGCUUUCUCACUGAGAACGUCAGUAACAAAGAAGAAAUGUGUGAUGUGGCUUGCAAGGAACCAGGGAAGAACAAACCUUGUAUGAGUAUUGACAAGAUAAGAGAUAUGAAGAAAUUAAAACUUAGACCAGGCUCACCAUGUAACAAUUUCAAAGGUUACUGUGAUGUGUUUCAAGUUUGUAGAUCUGUAGAUGCUGAAGGACCAUUAGCUCGACUUAAAAACUUGCUCUUGGAUAAAAAUACUCUAAUGGAUAUCAAGGAGUUUGUGACGAUUUAUUGGUGGGCAGUUAUGUUAAUGGUAAUUGGAGCAGCCAUUUUCAUGGGUUUAUUUAUCAAAUGCUGUGCUGUACAUACGCCAAGCAGUAAUCCAAGGAAACCACCAGCAAUUCGAAUUACAGACACACUCCGUAGACCUUCUUAUACACUUAGAAGAAUGAGACACAGACCUACAUUAGAACAGUUUCAAAAUAGUAUGGAGCUCCAAGUUAGAGCAGAUAGGAUGCUUUAUAGAGAUGGCUAUGAUGAUCCUCCUCCACCUUACGUCACUAUUGCAUCCUGUUCUCAUUCCAGACCAUCUCAAGGUCAUAGAGACCAAAGAAAUCAAAAUUAUGAGAGAGAAAAAAGAAGUCAUCACCAUGAGAAACAGCAGAGAAGAUGGUCUCAACCUGGUCAUAGAAGACUACAACCAGGACCAAGCCAACAUUCACAGUCAUACUUAAAUCAUCGAAUGUGAAAAAGUUAGCUCUUAACAUCAUGAGGAGACAUGCUGAUGAGAUGUUUUCAGUAACAAUAAGGUGGAAUCACUUAUAGUAAUCAUUGACUUGAUGUAAAAAGAAUCAGUGAUCAAAAUAAUAAGAGACUAGUGAUUUUUGUUGUAUUGCCAACAAUUGGUUUGAAUCCACUAGUACUCAAAUUCAAUCAAAGAUUAGCUCAUAUUAUUCUAAGAACAAGUAUUUGAAUAUCAGAAAUGUGUUUCUACCUAAACAGUGAAAAACAUCAUGUAAGUUUCUUACUAUUCUUUAUUCCGUCUUCCGUGAGCUACUUCAUUAAAAGCUCACAUUUAGAUAUUUCACAUUAUCGUUGUUGUUACUACACCUGUCCCCUGUAUAUGUAGCCUAGUGGCAUAAUUCUGUGAUGGUACAAGCAAUAAGCUGACUUUAGAUAUGAUUAAGGGAUAUAAUUAUUUGGUUAGUAACUUCAGUAAUAUUAUUAUUAUUUUGUUUAGUAGAUGAAAUCUAUGAAAGCAUAUACUAGUACUGAAAAAAAAAAUGUUUAUUUUUGU